AACGGGAAUGCAGGUGGUUACAGGCGGAGAGGAGGCUCGUCACAAGGAUGCUUUAACUUAGGUAGACAGAUAUUUGCAUUUAAGGGGGUGUAGAGUACCGGCAGGAGUAAAGAAAGUAUAUGUUGCGGGAGCCGCGAUACGGGCUGUCACUUGUUGGGGUGUUUAACACUCUGAGAGAAGAAUGUCUCGCCCCUCGCGGCCUCCCUCGGGUGAUAUCCCCAGGAACCUGAGUUACAUCGCCGGGCUGUAUGAACGUGCCUAUUACCGGACCGCCAGACCGAGCCUAGAGGAGCAGGAGGAAGAAGCAGAAGCUGCUGCGGGAGGCUCGUGCACCGUAUCCGUACCGCAGCCUCCGCGAAGGUGGCGCUCUCGUUCUGCACCUGCCCUACGCGUGACCCGGGGAGAGCGUCGCCGUAGCCCGGAGACCAGGAAGAGGGUUCGCUUUGCGGACUCGCUGGGGCUAGAGCUGGAGUCUGUGCGCCACUUUAGGCGGGAGGACAUGCCCUGUGUACCCCUUUCCGUCACCCACCGGCUACAGACGGAAGCAAUGCGACAAGUGGUCGGCUCCUGCAUCUCCAGGGAGCAGCCGAGCUGGUGUGAGGCUCGCCAUGUGCUAUCUCCCUCAUGGUUGUCUGAGCCUGGGACGUUGGGCAAGCAGGUAUGGGAACGUGGUGCAUGGGAUGAGCAGACAUGGGACCAGCGUGUGUGCCUGCAGAGCAUGCGCUGCGAAAGCUGUUUCCUAUGGGGUACCGUGCGGGUGCUGGACCUGGCGUACGAAAAACGCGUCACUGUACGUUACACCAUGGAUGGAUGGCAAUCCCACCAUGAUACACAUGCUCUAUAUGCUGCUCGGCUGUGCCAUGGGGGGGCUGGGCACCCUGGGACCGACCUCUUCACUUUCCGUCUUCCUUUGCCUCCUAGGGAUCAGCAUCAAGCCCCAUCUUUGCUAUUUGCCAUCCGUUAUCAGGUGGGGGAGGAGGAGUUCUGGGACAACAAUGGGGGUAAAAAUUAUAGCCUAUCCCUUUGUAAAGCAGAACCCCCACCUCUGGUGCAGGAGGCAGGGAAUGGAUGGAUACAUUUCAUUUAGUAUACUGGACUGUAAGCAACCCCUGAUCACACUCCAAUAACAGACUAGUCACCCUAAAGUGACACCAAAGGAAAUGACCAAAUGGCUAACACACACCAACAAUGAUCAAAACAGAAGUGAAGGGAAGGAGAAUAGGAUAGGUUGCAGGUUGGACCGUGUAACAAAUCCA